AUGCCUCGCCAGCAUCAUCAUCACGUUGGUGGCGCCGUGUCGGCAGCCGUCCAUGCGCUCGCCGUCGCCGUCGCCGCCUUCGUCAUAUGUGCAAGUGCCGCGGCAGCCAUCAAGGUCAGCUUCGUCUCCGAUGUGCACUACGAUCCAGCUUACGGUACGGCUAACGCCCAUGGCACCUGCAACACCACGUCGGCCUCGCCCUUUGGCCAGCCCGGCUGUGACUCACCCGCAGCGCUCCUGGCCGUCGCCACCAGCGAUAUCAUGAUGCAGCGCCCCGCCUACACGUUCUUCGCGGGUGAUUGGCAGCGGCAUGGUAUGAGUUCCACGUCGCUGACAACGACCGACGUGUUCGAGCCCUUGUCACAGUACUUCGCACGUAUCAUGGAUGCCUCAAAGGACCCUAGCUUCAACAGACCGCACGUGACGACCGUCCUCGGCAACAACGACGUCAUUCCAAACUACUACUUCAACAUCACAACCACCCCGCACACCACCCUGAAUACGCAGAUCGACAUAAUGAAGCAUUACAAGCUGCUGAACACGACGCAAGGAACGGUGAUGUCUGAGUGCGGCUACUACAGCGGCAUCGCCAGCGCGCAUCUGCGCGUACUGGGCGUGCACACCCUGGUGUGGACGUACAAUCUUUCACCGGCCCUUUCCGACACCGAGACGGACCCGUGUGGGCAGCUGGCCUGGAUGGAGAGCGAGAUCAACGCGGCUCGCGCUGCAGGGCAGAAGGUGAUCAUCAUCGGUCACAUCCCUCCACAGCCCGACGUCUUCCGCAUAAUCAACCGCGGCGCCGUUGGCCCCGUGGAGGACGACAUGUACUGGAAGCCCAUGUACCAGAACGCCUACACCUCCCUGCUGUCGAAGAACAAGGACAUCAUUGCCCUUCAGCUCUUCGGUCACAGCCACCGCUUUGCUAUCCUCGGCGACGAGGAGAUGGGGGUGCCGCUCAUCGUCAUCAACGCCAUGACCCCGCUGUACGGCAACCGGCCCGCGUACCUCAUCGGCGACUUCGACACGGCCACGUGGAAGCUCAAGGCCUUGAGGCAGCGGUUUGCCCAAACCGCCUUUAUUCAAUGGAGCAGUGGUCUGGAGGUGGCCGCCGCCCUUGGCAUCACCGAUUUUUCCAAUGUCUCGGCGAUCCAUGCGGCAGUGGCGAAGAUGUUUACAAACGACACACUGUUUGAGAACUACAUGACCCUCCGCACCGGUGGCGUGAUCGACGACCCGUGCACGACGACGUUCUGCCGCGUGUACACGGUUUGCGCGAUGCUCUACGCCGCGCACGACAACAUCAACAGCUGCGUGCGCUCGCAGAUCCCGUCGUCGUCGUCGUCGUCAUCGGAGCCAACAGACAGCAGCGACAGCGCCCCGACCCCUGACCCGUCUGUGCACAUCGAUUCAAAGCCACAGUACCACAUCCGUCCGCCGAAGAACUGGAUCAACGACCCCACCGGCCCCUACCGCGACCCUGUCACCGGCAAAAUUCACCUGUACAUGCAGUACAACCCCAACGGCCCGCUCUGGGGUGACAUUGCAUGGUACCACGUAACAUCGGAGGACUACGUCAAGUGGACGAUCCCGAGCACGCCGAUCGCGAUGUACGCUGACAGGUGGUACGACAAGUGGGGUGCCUACUCCGGCACCAUGAUGAGCAACAAAUACAGCGAGCCGGUCAUGAUGUACACCUGCACCGAGCCGGAGAACAUCCAGCGGCAGUGCGUCGCGACCAUCUCGCCGAGCGACCUGGCCGGCAAGCGCACACUGAGCAUGUUCGAGAAGAACCCGCUGAAUCCCAUCCUCACCGAGGAGAGCGUGCCCGGGCUGGUGGGUCUGGGCAACUUCCGCGACCCCACGGAGUGGUGGCGGGACCCCGCCAACCCCAGCCAGUGGCUCAUCGCCUUCGCCGCCCGCGUAAAGGACAGUGACGGCGACAACGCGCACAUCGUCCUGUUCAGCACCACCGACCCCAGCUUCCAGAGCGGCUACAGCUUCUCCCACAGCCUCUACGUCUACAAGUACAACCUGGACCACAUGUUUGAGUCCCCCGACUUCUUCACGCUGAAGCAGGGCGGCGAGCACUACCUCAAGGUCUCCUCCAUGGCCUCGCACCGCGACUACAUCGUCUACGGCUCCUACCAGGCUAACCCGGCGACCGGCAAGUACGUCUUCGUCGAGGACCCCGCGCGCAGCUUCACCUUCAUCGACUACGGCCCGUUCUACGCCUCGAAGACCUUCUACGACCCCAUCCUCAAACGCCGCAUGAUGUGGGGCUGGACCAACGACGAGCUGAGCAACGAGCAGAUCGCCUCGCAGGGCUGGUCUGGUGUGCAGAACCUGCUGCGCGGCAUAGAGUACGACAGCGUCGAGCAGAAGAUCAAGACGUACCCGGUCACGGAGCUGAAGGGGCUGCGUCUGAGCCGCCUCUAUUCGCGUCCGGAGACCGACCCGCUCGUGCUGGUGGAUGGCGCGCCACAGAUCCUCAUCACGGCCGGCACGAAUGCCACUCGUCAGCACGAGAUCAUCGUCACUUUCAAGCUUUCCAGCAUGGAGCCCUUCAAGGGAAACACCUACUACACCGAAAGUGCCGCUCCCGAUUUCGGUGUGAUGAUCCGUACCAACGCGAACCUCAGCCAGUACACGACCGUCUCGGUACGCAUGCCGGAGGCGGUGCGGCAGCCGAUCUCCAACCGCGCGCAGGACACGACGUGGGCACCCAUCAAGAUGUACCCUGGCGCCGGCGCCAAUGCUGUGAGCAACUGUAGCGCGGAAUGCGCAAAGGAGCGCACGUGCGUUUCGUGGACGUACACCACCUUGCCGUCAUCGACGUGCGCCCUGUACUGGAAGACGAGCCGGCGCGUGUACAACGCGACCGCGCACAGCGGCACAGUGAACAUCCCGUUGCUAUACAUGGACCGCACCCAUUCCGGCUCUAUAGGUUCCAGCCAGCCUCUCCUCGGCCGCUCGCCUGUGAAGCAGACGAAUCCUAAUGUGGUGCGUCUGCACAUCUUCGUUGACGACAGCGUCAUCGAGGUCUUCAAGGAUGGCGGUCUGGAGACGAUGACUGGCCGCCUCUACCUCCCUGGCGGCGAGUCGCAGACGGGCAUCGCUGUGUACAGCAAGAACAUGGGCAGCGUCACCGUCACCGCCUCGGCCGAGAUCUUCUCGAUGGACUCAGCGUUUGCCGCUGAGGCUGGCCCAAAUUUGAUCCGCAACUACGCAAACAGCUACUACAACCUACUGACAGCUCUGGGUGUCGCCAGUUAG